ACGGUCAUAGGAGGCUCCUAUGCCUUCCUCAUCCCGGUGAUGGCCAUCGUGCAGGACUCGUCGCUCGCGGCCAUACCUGACGACCACGAGAGGUUCCUCAAGAGCAUGCGGGCCAUACAAGGGGCGGUUAUAGUGUCCUCCAGUAUUCAGAUCAUCCUUGGUUACAGCCAGCUCUGGGGUAUUUUCUCCAGAUUCUUCAGUCCACUGGGAAUGGCGCCGGUGGUUGCGCUGCUCGGUUUUGGCUUCUUCGAAAGAGGAUUCUAUCAGGUUGGGAGAUGCGUUGAGGUUGGCCUGCCAAUGUUAAUCCUCUUUGUUGUGCUUUACCAGAAGUUCAGCAUUGCUAACUGCCUUCUUGUUUCUUAUCAGUAUCUGAAGAAUGUACAGAUAAGAGAGAUCCCCAUACUGGAACGAUUCUCCCUGUUCAUUUGUAUCGCAUUGGUCUGGGCUUAUGCUCAAAUCCUCACUUCUGGUGGCGCGUAUAAUCAUUUUGUACUACGAUUAGUUGUCGAUGCUGUGUAA